AUGGAUCCCAUCAAGUACAUAUUCGAGAAACCUGGAUUAACUAGCAGAAUUGCUCGCUGGCAAAUGUUGUUAUCAGAAUAUGACAUUCAGUAUGUAACUCAGAAGGCCAUUAAGGGUAGUGUGUUAUCAGAGUACCUUGGGCACCAGCUAGUGGAGGACUAUCAAUCGAUGAGACUCGACUUCCCAGAUAAAGACGUCAUGUACAUAAGAGACUAUGAGAUUCCAAGCCCGAAAGAAGGACCCGAACCAGGAUCUCGGUGGACGCUCGUGUUCGAUGGUGCCUCAAAUGCAUUGGGUAACAUAAUUGGGGCUGUUAUAACUUCUCCAAAGGAUUUUCAUCUUCCCUUCACGGCAAGGUUAUGUUUCAAAUGCACCAAUAACAUGGCGGAGUAUGAAGCAUGUAUCUUAGGAAUUGAAGCAGCUAUUGACCUAUCAAUCAAGAUUCUUGAAGUGUAUGGGGACUCAGCACUUAGAGAGAAUCAGCUAGCCGAUGCAUUAGCUACUCUAUCAUCUAUGUUCAAAGUCAAAUGGGCUAACGAAUCACCAACUAUUACAAUUCAACGUCUAGACGAGCCAGCACAUUGCUUAGUAGUUGAAGCAGAAAUAGAUGGAAAGCCUUGGUUUUAUGAUAUCAAGCGAUAUCUUGAGAAGCACGAGUAUCCAAAUGAUAUUACAACACCCAAGCUUCCUUUGGAGAGAGUUUUGAGUUUAUCUAUCGUUGAGGGUACUGAAGGAAUUGAUGAGAAAGAAUCCGAAGUGGUAGCGAUGUUAAAAGAACAACCGCCUUGGGUAAGGAGUGGAACUUGGAGUGUAUAG